GCUACCUUAUGCCGGGGGGCAACGCCCGCUACGGCUUGGCGCGGAAAAAUUUGGAAAAAUUAGUGUAAAUUUUGGAAAAAUUUGAGGUUUUUUCGAUUUCGUUACGGCUUAUUUAUAAAACGUUACGGCUUGGCGGAUUUUCUAGAUCCGCCGUUGGAUUCAACCUACGCAACUCUUGAAUGGGAACUCAGUGAGUUGAUAAGAAACCCACAUGCAAUGAAAAAACUACAAGAAGAGGUACGCCAAGUAGCCAAAGGCAAACCCAAGAUCACCGAAAACGACUUGGAUCAAAUGUGGUAUCUAAAGGCCGUCGUCAAGGAAACAUUCCGAAUGCACAUGCCACUCCCACUUCUCGUUCCUCGCGAAUCCACACAAGAUGUUGAACUAAUGGGCUACAAUAUUGCAGCCGGGACACAAGUUCUAAUCAACGCGUGGGCCGUUGGUAGAGACCCCGCUUUAUGGGACAACCCUGAUGAGUUUCGACCCGAAAGGUUCUUGGAUAGUCCGGUUGAUUAUAGAGGGCUUCAUUUUGAGUUGACACCGUUUGGUGCGGGUCGAAGAAAAUGCCCUGGAAUCCAGUUUGCAAUGAGUGUUAAUGAGCUUGUGUUAGCUAGUUUGGUGCAUAAGUUUGAUUUUGUGUUGCCUGAUGCCCAAAAAGGGGAGGAUUUAGACAUGAGUGAGACUAUUGGGAUCACAAUUCAUAAGAAGUUGCCUUUGCUAGUGGUAGCAACUCCACAUGUUUGAAUACUUUGUGGUUAAUUAACACCACCAAAACUAUGUUUUAAUGUAUAUUAAUUUCCCUCUU